AUGUCAGAACCGCCUUCCUUUCCAUUCUCCCGCGUCUCAGGCCUCGAGCCUCCGGCUGAGUAUGCGAAGCUGCGUUCUACGGAGCCUGUCUCCAAAGUCAAGCUUUGGGAUGGGAGCCUGGCCUGGCUGGCCGUUCAACAUAAGGACGUUUGUGCCGUUGCCACUGAUGAAAGACUUUCCAAGAUCCGGACCACACCGGGCUUUCCAGAGCUAAGUGCGGGUGGGAAGGCGGCGGCGAAGAACAAGCCGACGUUUGUGGAUAUGGAUCCUCCCGAGCAUAUGAAGCAGCGGAGCAUGGUUGAGCCUUUCUUUACCCGUCAGCAUGUCGAGAGUUUACGUCCUUAUAUCCAGAAGACGGUAGAUGAGCUUUUGGAUGCCAUGAUUGCGAAAGGAUGUGAGAAGCCGGUCGACCUUGUAGAGAAGUUUGCGCUACCAGUGCCAUCACACAUCAUCUACACCAUUCUCGGAGUGCCAUUCGAAGAUCUUGGAUUUCUUACAGAGCAGAACGCUGUUCGCACUAGUGGAAGUUCUACGGCAUCGGAGGCUCAGAUUGCGAGUAACUCGCUUCUAGUGUACAUUGGCAAGAUGGUGGAUCAGAGGAUGGAAGAUCCCAAAGAUGACCUAAUCAGCAAGCUUGUCAUCGACCAGAUCAAGCCGGGCAACAUAGACAGAACGGAUGCCGUCCAAAUCGCAUUCCUCUUGCUUGUCGCUGGUAACGCCACGAUGGUCAACAUGAUAAAUCUUGGCGUCAUCACUCUCCUCCAACAUCCCUCCCAACUAGCCGACCUCAAAGCCCAUUCCUCCCUGGCACCCACCUUCGUCGAAGAGCUUUGCCGCUACCACACCGGUUCCGGGCUCGCUAUGAGGCGCGUCGCGAAGGCCGACAUCGAGCUCGGCGGGAAACAGAUCAAAGCCGGUGAAGGAAUCAUCGCCUCGAAUCAGUCCGCCAAUCGCGAUGAAGCAGUCUUUCCCAAUCCAGACAAGUUCGACAUGUAUCGGAAACGCUGGGAGGAGGAAGCGCUAGGUUUUGGGUUUGGCCCGCAUCGCUGUAUUGCGGAGUGGCUUGCGAGGGCGGAAUUGGAGAUUGUGUUCUCCACUCUGUUCCAGAAACUGCCAAAUCUGCGAUUGGCGAUCCCUUUCGAGGAAAUUGAGUAUACACCGCUUGAUAAGGACGUAGGAAUUGUUAAGCUGCCAGUGGUGUGGUAG